AUGCGAUACUACAAGUACCGGCAGAUGGCCGACGAGGCAGCUCACGCGGACUCGACUCUCCCGCCCAACAGGCUCGCCCUCUGCACUCGCAUCAUGACGGGCCACAAGCUGCCAUUCCACGCGGACCACAUUGGCUCGCUGAUACGGCCGCCGGCCCUGUCCAGCCUCCAGGAGCAGGCCGACGCCGGCACCGUCACCGCCGCUCAGCUCCGCGAGGCCCAACGGGACGCCAUCGCCGACAUUGUCGACAAGCAGCGCGCCCACGGCGUCCGCGCCCUGUCAUCGGGCGAGUUCGACCGCAAGUACUACUUCUCGGGAUUCUUCGAGAAGCUGGGAGGGUUCCGGCAAGUCAGCCCCGUGCCGUGGGAGCUCGCGCGGCCGUCGGCGCCGCCCAUCGCGGCCCUCAAGAAGGCCGGGCGGCAGUACAUGAUGGCCGCCGUGUGCGAGGACAAGAUCGCCUACGACGCCAGCCCGUACCUCGACGACUGGAAGCUCCUGCGCGGCUCGGUGCCCGAGGAGCUGCGCGCCGCCUGCAAGUUCACCAUGCCGCCGCCGUGCUACUUCCACCUCCGCCUGGCCCCGGGCAAAUCCUACAGGGCGAGCGUCUAUCCCGACGACGAGGCCUUCUUCGCCGACCUGGCGAGCGCCUACCGCCGGGAGAUCCGGACCCUGUACGACGCCGGCCUGCGCAACCUGCAGAUUGACGACCCGACCCUCGCCUACUUUUGCUCCGACGACAUGGUCGCGUCCCUGCGCGCCGAGGGCGACGAUCCCGACCGCCUGCUGGACCUGUACCUGAGGGCGCACAAUGACUGCAUUGCCGGCCGGCCUGCCGACAUGCAUGUCGGGCUUCACGUAUGCAGAGGCAACUUUUCCAAAUCGGUGCACUUCAGCGAGGGGUCGUACGAAAAAAUCGCCCAAAAGUUCUUCACCACCCUCGACUACGACACCUUCUUCCUCGAGUACGACGACCCGCGCUCCGGGGGGUUCGAGCCGCUCCGCUUCCUGCCCAGGGGCAAGAACGUCGUGCUGGGCGUCGUGACCACCAAGGACGCGCGGCUCGAGGACGCCGAGACGGUGAAGAGCCGCGUGCGCGAGGCCGCGGGGAUUAUCGCCCGCGGACAGGGCCGGAGCGUCGCCGAGGCCAUGGCCGACAUUGGCAUCAGCCCGCAGUGCGGGUUUGCCAGUGUCUCCGUCGGCGCAGAUGGCAUGACGGAGCAGAAGAUGUUUGACAAGCUCAGGCUGGUUGGUGAUAUUGCCAGGGAACUGUGGCCUGAAGCGUCGCCUGGUGUGAGUGGUUCGAUGUAG